CGUGGCGACGUGGCGUGUUUCUCUUGCAACUAUGCCACCCCAAGCAGGACAAGCUCGAAAUGAGCUUUUAGACUGGUAUCAAUCAAUACCGCCCAUCACAAAGGCAAUCUUCACCCUAUCCAUAGUCACCACAGUGGCACCCGCACUAGGCCUUGUGAGCCCAUUCCAGUUAAUACUUAACUGGAACGCAAUCACUAAAUUACAGCUAUGGCGAUUAAUUAGCUCGUUCUUUUUGCACAAACUCGAUCUGGGCUUUGCUAUGAAUCUCUACUUCGCAUAUCGCCAAUCACUUCAACUGGAAAACGAGGUUUUUGCCGGUAGAACUGCAGAUUAUCUCUAUUUUCUUCUUGUCACCUCGAUUAUGCAGCUGGCUGCAGCACGUUAUUUGGAUCUGUAUGUUUUGAGCGAUGGUUUGAUGAUGACUCUCACCUACUUGUGGUCCCGACACUAUCGCGACGUACCAAUGACAUUUAUGUUUGGUAUCAGGUUUAAAGCACAAUAUCUCCCAUGGGUAUUGGUUGGCUAUAGCUAUUUGACUCCUGGAGGCAGUGUUGUCGGUUCUCUGGUUGGCAUUGCAGCUGCGCACAUCUAUUACUACUUAACAACCACAUAUCCAAGCCAAGGUGGACGUCGAUAUCUGUCAACGCCAGCCUUUUUACAACGCCUAUUCCCGCAAACAACCGCCAGAGGAGGAUUCACCGCUGGUGGUGGAUUCCAGAUGUGGCCUGGUAAUCAACAGCAACAGCAGCAGCAGCAGCCACAACGCACCAACGUUUUCGGUGGACACUCGUGGGGACGUGGUCAGCGUUUGGGAACUUAAUAAGCAAAGGGAUACAGUGUAUAUUUGCAGGGUCGACAUUUAAAAAGCUGUCAAUGUGUAUAUCAGAGUCUUAUAUCAUUAAAAAGCAAAGCUAGCU